UUAAAAUUCCUUUCACAGGAUAUGUUUUGAAAUGUGUAAGUUUCCUUAAGAGCAUUCGCAAGUGGUUCGAAACGUAAGAUAAAGCUUGAAAAUAUGAAUUAAAUUGUGUGUGUGUUUGUCUCUGAAGAGAAUGUAACACUCAGCACUUUAAUCUGUGGUGAUAAACGAGCCGAGUAAUUGAGCUGCACGGUUAAACGAAGAUUAACGAUAAGUAACCAUAUUUACUGGCAAUCCAAGUAGGGGUUUUCUUCCACGUUUUACGAAGUGCUUUUUUGAUUAUUUGAAGUUUUUAUUUAUUUUUUUAUUAGUACAUUUUGUUAAUUUUAAUAUUUGUUUUAUUUAAUUUUUCCUCCUCAAUGUUUUAAAUGUUUCAUUUAUUUAUUCACACUUUAUAUGCUCCUUUUCAAUAUUUUCGAUGAUUCUCUGAAAUAAAUUAUUUUAAGGCUCGUAAUAAUGCGCAUACUACUGUAUACACAGUACCUUGUAAUUUGACACUUUUUUCGGUCCGAAAUAAAUUGUUCUCAAACAACACAUGCUCAAUUUAACCCUUAUUAAAACUGCACGCUAACCGAGCAUUGAAAUUUGCAACGCCGUUGCCGGCUUUCAUUCUACCGUUCAUCGUACUGCGGUAAACAUGCGGUCGCUGAAAUCAUUUGCAUUCUUCACACUACUGCUUCUCAUAGCCAGCGUCGGGCUUGUGCAUGCUUUUAUGAAGCUAGUCGCUGUUGGCAGUAGACUUGAGCUGAAAAAUAACAUCCGAAGCAUUAACGUAUCGUACACGUUCCGCAUCCCGAAACGGUUGAUCGAUCAGUCGAUUGAUUUCCAGCUCGAAGUCACACGUCAGAUAAAGGACAUGAAGCUUGUACUCGGGUACUACAGUGCUUCCCGGAACGGUACCACCUACAGUGCACUGCUGAAGCGCCACGUCGAUCUGUGCUUUUUCUUGCGCAACCCCAAAUCGGAUCGUUUGGUUAACCGGGUGUAUCAGCUGGUGAAGGAGCACGGUAACAUGCCCACGAAAUGUCCGUUCGGUCCGGGCAGUUUCUAUAUGCGUGACCUACGGCCAGCCGACAUUCCGAUACCGCUGUUCCUGCCGGAGGCUGAGUUUAUGCUGGAGCUUAUCUAUCGGUCGGAGGUACGGUCGGAACCGCUGGUAGAGUUCCGGUUCUACGGCAAACUGGUGCGCAUUGUGGAGAAACUGUUCGAUUAGGUUUUGGGGAAGGCUUAAUAAAUGAAGCUACCAUGAAGAAAUCGUUCUCAAUUUUACUCUAUACAGUAAUCAUUUUAUGUAUUCCUUUCCCCACCACAAACGCUUUCGUAAAGCUAAUCCCGGUGGGCAGUAAAGUAAACAUUAAUUACAGCAUUAGAACGUUCAACAUUUCCUACAUCUUUCAUCAGCCGACUUCCGUCACUAACCAGUCGCUAGAGUUUCAAAUCGAUAUUAAACGCUCAGUCAAAGAUGUUAAGUUACAACUAGUUUACCACGGUUUGACCAAGAAUGGGACCGUAUCGUCCGUGCUGCUCAAGCGGCAGGUUGAUCUGUGCGCCUUCCUGCGGAAUACCAAAUCGGACCGUUUGCUAAAGAGCGUCUACGAUUACAUUAACGAGCGCAGCAUCAUACCGACGAGAUGUCCGUUUGCCCCGGGAAGGUACUACAUGUGCAACAUUCGGUUUGCUGACGUACCGGUUCCAGCCUUUCUGCCCGAGUCCGACUUCAUUCUCGACAUCGUCUACUACUCGCAGGUACGGUCGGAAACGUUGGUCGAGUUUCGAUUGCGUGGCAGA